CCAUCUAUCCCGAACCAGACUAGGGUUUCUCUUCCCCUCCAUCCACUUCUUCUGCACCGCCUCUUCAUCAAAACCCCAACUUCCCCACCACUCCCAGAUCCCCAAUUGAAUCUCUCUCUGCAGUGAACUUCAAAUCGCAAGCAAUGGUUGGAGGAUUCGAGGUCGGAGCUGUCCCCUUCAACCCCGAUGGCUGGGGCCCGCCGGAAUCCGCUGCCGCCGGCACAACCGCCGGCGCCCUCCCCCUCAACGUCCCCUUCGCCCCGUUCUCCCGAUCGGAGAAGCUCGGCCGCAUCGCCGACUGGACUCGAUCCCUCAACAACCCGUCCAAAAGCCAUAAGCAGUCGGACUCGAUCUUCGACUUCUCGGCGGACGACUCUUUUGCGCCGCUCGACGAGGACUCCUCGUUCCGGCUCGUCGACUCGAAGCCCGCCCCGCGUCCCAAGUUCGGCCCGAAGUGGCGGUUCAACCAGCACCACCGGAGCCAGUUGCCGCAGCGCCGCGAUGAGGAGGUCGAGGCCAAAAAGCGCGAGGCGGAGAAGGAGCGGGCGCGCCGCGACAGGCUCUACAACCUCAACAGGCCCGGGGCUAACGCUCCACGCCGCGAGGCUGCGGCGUUCAAGUCCUCGGUGGACAUACAGCCCGAGUGGAACAUGCUCGACCAGAUUCCCUUCUCGACCUUCUCGAAGCUGUCGUUCGCCGUGCCAGAGCCCGAGGACCUUCUGCUCUGCGGCGCCCUUGAGUACUAUGAUAGGUCCUACGACCGCGUCACCCCGAAGAACGAGCGACGCCUUGAGAGGUUCAAGAAUAGGAAUUUCUUCAAGGUUACUACAACUGAUGAUCCAGUCAUCCGCCGGUUGGCAAACGAGGACAAGGCAACAGUUUUUGCGACAGAUGCUAUUCUUUCUACACUCAUGUGUGCACCUAGGUCCGUUUACUCCUGGGAUAUCGUGAUUCAGAGAGUUGGGAACAAGUUGUUCUUUGACAAGAGAGAUGGAUCCCAACUUGAUCUGCUAUCUGUGCAUGAAACCUCCCAAGAACCAUUGCCAGAGGCCAAGGAUGAUAUUAAUUCAGCAUAUUCUUUGAGUGUUGAGGCAGCAUAUGUUAAUCAAAACUUCUCACAGCAAGUUCUGAUCAGGGAUGGAAAUAAGGUUUCUUUUGAUGAACCAAACCCUUUUGCAAAUGAGGGAGAGGAGGUUGCUUCAGUGGCUUACAGGUACAGGCGGUGGAAGCUUGAUGAUGACAUGCAUCUCAUUGCUCGAUGCGAGGUUCAAAGUGUCAAUGAGAUUAACAAGCAAAGAUCAUUUUUGACCCUUAAUGCACUGAAUGAAUUUGAUUCUAAAUACUCUGGUGUUGACUGGAGGCAGAAGCUGGAAACACAGAGAGGUGCUGUGUUGGCUACAGAGCUCAAGAACAAUGCCAAUAAGUUGGCUAAGUGGACAGCACAAGCACUACUAGCAAGUGCAGAUUACAUGAAACUGGGUUUUGUCUCGCGAGUUCAUCCUCGCGAUCAUUUUAACCAUGUAAUUCUGGCUGUACAGCAGUAUAAACCAAGGGACUUUGCCUCACAGAUUAAUCUGAAUACAUCUAAUAUGUGGGGGAUUGUCAAGUCUAUUGUGGACUUGUGCAUGAAAUUGAAUGAAGGGAAGUAUGUUCUUGUGAAAGAUCCAUCUAAGCCGCAGGUAAGAAUUUAUGAGGUGCCAGCUGAUGCAUUCGAGAAUGAUUAUGUGGAGGAACCGUUGCCCGAAGACGAGCAAGCACAACCCCCUGUGGACGAUGCUGAUGCUGCUGAAAUAAACGUUGCUGCAAAUGAUGUGGAAGACAAAGAAAUUGAUGCUCAAGCAUAGAGGUUAUAGUUGCAGACGAACCAAACUGGAGAGAGUGGCUUAUGGAGCUUCUGAUCAAAAGUCACUUUUCGUGGGUAGUGCAAUUUUUUCCUUAUUUUUCUAGUUAGCUGGGG